GCCAACUUACUCAUCUUCCUUUUUCCUCCUCACUUGUAUAAUUAUACACAUACAUUCGCAUGUACGUGUGUGUAUAUGUGUAUAUAUAUAUAUAUAGUUGAUCCUUCUUUCGAGCUUUGGUAAACCCACUUGUAUCUGCAUUCGUUCUUGAUCUUUUCUUGAUCAGUUAUUUCUAACUGACCCAUCUGAGAAAACUACAAGUGCUAUACAUAUAUAGGUAUAGAGAUAUAGUUAUGGAGAGAAUAAGGGAUUUGGCGUCAAAGAAAGCAUGUGUGAUAUUCACAAAGAGUUCAUGCUGCAUGUGCCAUAGCAUCAAGGCACUGUUCUACGAGCUGGGAGCAAGCCCUGCAAUUCACGAGCUCGAUCAAGACGUUAAUGGCAGAGAAAUGGAAUGGGCUCUGCGAAGUUUAGGCUGCAACCCCGCCGUUCCGGCCGUCUUCAUCGGUGGAAAAUACGUCGGCUGUGCCAAAGAUGUCAUCUCCCUCCAUGUCGAUGGGUCUCUCAAGCACAUGCUCAUGGAGGCUAAAGCUAUCUGGUUCUAGAUAAAGAUAUAUAUAUAUAUAUAUAUACAUACACAUAUACAUGUGUAUGUAUAUAUGUGAUUGUGAAUGUAGUAUAUAUAUAUAUGUAUAAGAUAAAAUAGCUCUAAUACCAUGUUGAGAAAGGUGGCAAUGUUGU